UUUCAGUAGUCGCGCGGCGGAACUAAUCUUUUCACAAGGGUUCAGUAAAUUAAGGAGUUAACCUAUAAAUAGCUCACUCACGAGUCUUUACGUCGUGUUGCAUCUUAGUUUAGUUGCACGCACAGCUCCGUGAAUACGUGCCGUUGUGAUAAUGCAUUACUGGCCAUUACUUUUUCUGACGUGGGUCGAGUUAUGUCUCGGAUAUAAUAUACUUGCCCUCCUGCCGUACCCGGGGAAAAGUCACCACAUGGUUUUCGAACCAUUGCUUCAAGAGUUGGCUAAUCGAGGCCAUCGUCUCACCGUAGUGUCGUUCUUCCCUUCAAAGAAUCCUCAUCCGAACCGUCGGGAAGUCAGCCUGGUCGGCCUGGCUCCACUCAAUGUCGAAGUGAUAAACAUGACCGACUUCGAUCGCUCAUACUUCGGUUUCGCUCGGUAUUUCGAGCAUAUCCCGGUUGUGACCAAAUUGGCCGAAAUGAACUUGGAACUUUGUGAAAAGCUGCUAGACGCGGAAGUGUUCAAAGAGUUCGUGAACGCCGAAGGGAACUACGAUUUGAUACUGGUGGAGCACUUCAACAGCGAUUGCAUGCUUGGACUGGUCCACAACUAUGGAGUCCCAUCGGUGGGCUUGAUGUCAUGCGCGAUAAUGCAGUUCACGCCUUCAAGGGUUGGGAGCCCUGAUAACCCGGCAUACGUUCCCAAUAUGGUAUUACCGAUGACGGACACCAUGUCCUUUCUGGAGCGAUUUGAGAAUGCUCUGGUGCUAUUCGGCUACGAUUUGUGGUACGAACUCGCAAUAAGAUGGAAGGAGCAAAAAGUUUUGGAGAAAAAGUUCGGACGUUUACCCAGAUUGGAAGAGAUCGGCAAAAACGCGAGUGUGAUAUUGGUGAACACCCACCACAGUUUAAAUGGAGUGAGGGAACUUCCGCCGUCAGUCGUUGAGGUUGGAGGUAUCCAUCUUCAUAAUCGGACUAUGCAGCCUUUACCAAGGGAAUUAAACCAAUGGAUAGAAGAGGCACAAGACGGGUUCAUCGUGUUCAGUUUUGGAUCCUUGAUCAAAGGAUCCACGUUGCCAGCGAGUUGCGCGGGCGCCAUCUUGAAAGUUUUCGCGCGCUUGCCGCAGAGAGUGCUGUGGAAAUGGGAGGCGGAAGGCAUGGAGCUGCCGGGGAACGUGAGGCUGAUGAAGUGGCUGCCGCAAUAUGAGUUGCUGACUCAUAGGAACUGCGUCGCAUUCAUUAGCCACGCAGGAGCCUUGAGCCUCACAGAAGCGGUCUCGGCCGGUGUGCCUCUCCUAGCCAUCCCGAUCCUGGGCGACCAGUUCGGAAACGCAGCGCACGCUAAGAGGGCCGGCUUGGCAGAGGUCCUGCCGUUGAGAGACUUGACCGAGGAGGCGUUUGAGGCUGCGCUAAGAAAGAUUUNACCCACCUACUUACUUCUCACUUGCAUGAUAUUUUGUUUUAAGGAAUUAAAGCAAUGGAUAGAAGAGGCACAAGACGGGUUCAUCGUGUUCAGUUUCGGCUCCUUGAUCAAAGGAUCCACGUUGCCAGCGAGUUGCGCGGGCGCCAUCUUGAAAGUUUUCGCGCGCUUGCCGCACAGAGUGCUGUGGAAAUGGGAGGCGGAAGGCAUGGAAUUGCCGGAGAACGUGAGGCUGAUGAAGUGGCUGCCGCAAUAUGAGUUGCUGACUCAUAGGAACUGCGUCGCUUUCAUUAGCCACGCUGGGGCCUUGAGUCUCACAGAAGCGGUCUCGGCUGGUGUGCCUCUCCUAGCCAUCCCGAUCCUGGGCGACCAGUUCGGGAACGCAGCGCACGCCAAGAGGGCCGGCUUGGCAGAGGUCCUGCCGUUGAGAGACUUGACUGAGGAGGCGUUUGAGGCUGCGCUGAGAAAGGUUCUGGACGAAAGAAUGCGCACCCAAGCAAAGCGCCUCAGUGAGAUAUGGAAGGAUAAACCGAUGAACCCCAUGGACCGAGCCGUUUUCUACGUAGAGAAGACCGCACGAUACAAAGGCCUCAACAUGUCAACUGACGCCCGAUACCUAAAUCGGAUUCAGUUGGCAAUGCUGGAUAUUGCUGCUUUCCUACUUGCCGUAGUAGUUAUACUUGGAUGGUCGAUUGUUUGGGUUUUCCGAAAAUGUAAGAGGAAAAUAUUAUGGCUUGCGUCUAAAUGAGAUACACGAUAUUAAUAAGAUAAGUAUUUAAAUUGUAAGCAAUAUUAGAGAGUUCACAAUAACCUUAGCGCCGAAUCCUACUUGACUAAUUUUGGUCACCAAUCAAUUACCCCCUGCCACUUUAAAAUUGAAUUUACAUAAUGCUGUUAAAUAACUAAACAAACACAAUUUCGUAAAAUUAGAACUUUAUUAUGUAUAAAAAUAUAUUUAUAAUCCUUGAUUUAACAUUUCUUUAAAGCAUACAAAAACUGUACAAAAAUAUGAUAACAUUUUCGAUUAGCAAUACAGCCUAUGUUUUAAAUAUUAAGUUCUGUAUUAAGGACUGACUAAUAAAUUAAUAAAUUAUACCCUUUUUUUAAAGAGUAUUCUGUUUCUUCUUAUAGUUUUUAGAUUAGAUUUACCUUAUGUAAGUAAGUACCUAUUUUAGUACAAAUAAAUAAUCUUGAGCAUAAAUUCAGGAAUGUUAUGGAAUGCUUUGAUAUGUUUAAAUUACAAAAUGAGGCACUUUGAUUAUAUGUAAAAAUUUAAAAUAUCAUAUAAAACUAUCAUACACAUUUUUAACACUUACAUCUAAUUUGUAACAUACAACAAAAAUAUCAUGCAAAUAGAAGUUUGACUAAUUAUUUUUAUUAUUGCCUUUUCAGUAUAGUACCUCUGGUUUCUGAGUUUUCAUUUUGAUUGCAAUGAUAUAACAAGCUUUAUAUUCUUAUUACACAGCACUUUGUAAGGGAAGCACGAGAUUCCUUCAUUUAA